CAUUCCUGUCGCUCAUUUACGCUAAAAUCAUUCCUUACUCCUUUCGGUUUUCGAUUACUUUGUACUUUCGAUCUUCCACGAUCAAAUUACCCCCCAACCUCCGGAAAUUUUCUCCCACCAUCAUGCCGCCGAAAAAGCCUGCAGCGCGCGCUCGUAAUCCGAACCCACGAGGCGCCCGCUCUGGCAAGGAGCCCGCCACCACGCAGCAAACUAAGUCGCGGCCUAGUCGGAAACGCCGCCGAUCGGAGUCGCCCGCCCCCACAAUUCGGUCGGAAGUAGUCGUCGUAGAACAGCCGCAGUUCGACUUGAAGUCGAUGAUGGAGCGCCAGAAUCAGCAAGGGCAGCAAAUCCAGCGCCUAAUUGACAUCGUGACACCGCUGGCAUCCAGGGAACCAGCGGGUUCCCGGCCGAAAUCUCCGGCUACAGUCAACCCCGGCCUCCAGAUUGAGUCCUCACUCGACGGAAAACGAACGGUGCGCUCCAGAGAUCGCAGCCGCUCACGUGACCAGCAUCACAAACGGAGAGAUGGAGCGGUUCCGAGCGCUCGCUACUGCAGCAGCUCCAAAGCCGACCACGUUUCCGGAUAUAUUUCCGGACCUGCGCAGCACGUUCCGCCCAACUCCACGCUGCAUAAGCUCCUAAAUGCCCACAUCUCUGGAUCCUCCAGGAAGACGUACGGGGCAUCGCUGAAUCGUUUCGAACGGUUCUGCAAUGAAAGCGGUUACACGAUGUUGCCAGCAAAACCAUCAACUGUUGCGUCCUUUGUCGCUCAGCUGUUCGAUGAAAAGGCUGCCUUCCGAACCAUGAAAGUUCACCUUGCGGCCAUCCACAACAGCCACAGAGAGGCCGGGCUGCCUAACCCCACCGCCGACGACUUGGUCGUGCGCGCGGUGAGCGGUUUCAAACGGCUGAACAGCCCGAAGCCUGACCGGCGUCUACCCAUUACACUGGACCUCAUGCGCACACUGAAGACUCGACUGAAAGCACACAACGACGAGGACGAAUCUGCCAUGCUCUGGAGCGCCUUCUGCACGGCGUUCUUCGGAUUCCUGCGCAUAAGCGAGAUCAUCUCGAAGUCGCAACACACUUACGACCGCGCAUCCACCCUGCUCCUACGUGACGUGAGCAUAUCCGACGACGCAGCGAUUAUAACGUUGAAACGGACAAAAACCGAUCAGAGCGCUGAAGGCUCGAAGAUAACGCUGACGGCCACGAAUCGUUCGGUCUGCCCAGUGCGCGCCAUUAAGACUUACUACCGCUACCGUGCCGAACAGGGACAUCCCACGUAUCCGUUCUUUCGAUACCGAAAUGGUGAUUACCUCACCCGCGGAGCUGUAAACCGGUUUUUAAAAUUACUGCUGAAAGAUCACCCGGAUUGCGCGCGGCUUAGCACGCACAGCUUCCGCAUCGGAGCCGCUACGGAAGCCGCGGAACAACAACUCCCAAAAGAGGAAAUCCAGCGCGCCGGGAGGUGGAAGAGCAACUGCGUGGAGCGGUACAUCCGGCCCCGCACACUCACCGGACCUGACCUCUACAGACGAGCAACUUGUUUGGGGGCGAAGAAACCGGGCACCGGCGGAGGGUGCCGGCAGUGA